UAAGCGACUCCUACUCCGACACCUAGGACGCUUCGGCUACUAUCGCGCGCGCCGCCCCCUUUGCGAGCCGCUGCCCUAACCGUACUCCGCUUGCGUUCUAGCUCGCGCGUCCUCUCGCGAUAGCAGUCGGCGAGCCCCGGACCCAACAUGGCUGAAGAGGAGGUGGCCAAGCUUCAGAAGCACCUUGCCCUGCUGCGGCAGGAAUACGUGAAGAUGCAGCAGAAGCUGGCCGACACAGAGAAGCGCUGCACCCUGCUGACGGCUCGCGAAAGCGGCAGCGACUCCUUCAUCUGCCGCCUGCUGGCCAUCGUGGCCGAGCUCUACCAGCAGGACCAGUACAGUGACCUGAAGGUAAAGGUUGGCGAGAAGAUGUACAGUGCUCAUAAGUUUGUGCUGGCAGCUCGCAGCGAUGCCUGGGCUUGUCCAAACCUGACAGCCGUCACGGAGCUCGACCUGUCUGACACGAAGCCCAAUGUCGCCAUGGCAAUGCUGCGCUGGGCCUACACAGAUGAGCUGGAGCUCAGCGAGGACGACACUUUCCUGAUCGACCUCAUGAAGCUGGCCAACCGCUUCCAGCUGCAGCUCCUCCGGGAGAGGUGCGAGAAUGGCGUGAUGUCCUCUGUGAACGUGAGGAACUGCAUCCGCUUCUACCAGACGGCGGAGGAGCUGAACGCCAGCACCCUGAUGAACUACUGCGGGGAGAUCAUCGCCAGCCACUGGGACGACCUGAGGAAAGAGGACUUCAGUACCAUGAGUGCCCAGCUACUGUACAAGAUGAUCAAGUCCAAGACUGAGUUCCCUCUGCAUAAGGCCAUCAAGGUGGAGCGUGAGGACGUAGUCUUCCUCUACCUCAUAGAGAUGGAUUCACAGCUGCCCGGGAAGCUGAAUGAACUGGACAACAACGGUGACCUGGCCCUGGACCUGGCUCUGUCUCGCAAGCUGGAGAGCAUCGCCACCACGCUGGUGAACAACAAGGCUGACGUGGACAUGGUGGAUCAGAGUGGUUGGAGCCUGCUACACAAGGCCAUCCAGAGAGGUGACGAGUUUGCGUCAACGUUCCUGAUCCGUCACUCGGCCAAAGUGAACGCAGCCACCAAGGGCGCUGUGGAGACGCCGCUGCACCUCGUCUGCUCCUUCAGCCCCAAGAAGCACGCGGCGGAGGUGAUGGCUGGCAUCGCGCGCAUCACGGAGGCCUUGCUCAGGACUGGCGCCAACCCCAACAUGCAGAACAGCAAAGGCAGGCAGGUGGCCGCCUCUCACACCGGAGGACCCCCCCUGCACGAGGCAAUAGCUUCUGGGAAUGAGUCCGUCUUCAACCAACUUCUACUGUGCAGGCAGCUGGACCUGGAGCUAAAGGACCACGAGGGCAGCACAGCUCUAUGGCUGGCCCUGCAGUAUAUCACCAUGGCCUCAGACGCGUCGGUCAACCCCUUCGAGGACGAUGCACCCGUGCUCAAUGGGACAUCCUUCGACGAGAACAGUUUUGCUGCCAGGCUUAUCCAGCGGGGCAGUGACCCAGAUGCACCUGAUGCGGCCACAGGAAACUGCCUGCUUCAGAGAGCAGCAGCAGCGGGGCGUGAGGCAGCUGCCCUCUUCCUGGCCACUCAUGGGGCAAAGGUCAACCAUUCCAAUAAAUGGGGUGAGACCCCACUCCACACAGCCUGCCGCCACGGCCUGGCCGGGCUGACUGCGGAACUGCUUCAGCAAGGGGCUAACCCCAACCUGCAGACAGUGAGUGCGCCCCCUAGUGACGAGAGGGGCCACACCGGGGCCGUGUGGCUGCAAAGCCCCCUGCACAUGGCCAUCGUCCACAACCACCCCGAUGUGGUGUCCGUCAUUCUGGAACAGAAAGCUAACGCUCUCCACGCCACCAACAACUUGCAGAUCAUCCCAGAUUUCAGCCUGAAGGACUCCAUGGACCAGACGGUCCUGGGGCUGGCACUGUGGACAGGCAUGCACACGAUAGCCGCCCAGCUCUUGGGCUCUGGAGCUGCCAUCAACGACACCAUGUCCAGUGGGCAGACCCUCCUGCACAUGGCCAUCCAGAGACAGGACAGCAAGAGCGCCCUCUUCCUACUGGAGCACCAGGCCGACAUUAAUGUCAGGACCCAGGAUGGCAAGACAGCACUGCAGCUAGCCAUCAGCAACCAGCUCCCCCUUGUGGUGGACGCCAUAUGCACCCGAGGUGCAGACAUGUCGGUAGUGGACGAAAAGGGGAACCCCCCACUGUGGCUGGCCUUGGAGAGUGGCCUGGAGGACAUCGCCUCCACUCUGGUCAGACAUGGCUGCGAUGCCACCUGCUGGAGCCCUGGGCCGGGAGGCUGCCAGCAGACACUACUGCACCGCGCCGUGGACGAGAACAAUGAGGGCAUGGCCUGCUUCCUCGUGCGCAGUGGCUGCGACGUGAACAGCCCCCGGCGGCCGGGUCCCAAUGGAGAAGGGGAUGAGGAGGCUCGGGACGGACAGACACCCCUGCACCUGGCCAGCAGCUGGGGCCUGGAGGAGGUGGUGCAGUGCCUCCUGGAGUUCGGGGCCAAUGUCAACGCGCAGGAUGCUGAGGGUAGGGCCCCCAUCCAUGUGGCCAUCAGCAACCAGCACAGCGUCAUCAUACAGCUUCUUAUUUCACACCCGGAUAUUCGGCUAAAUGUCCGGGACCGGCAGGGCAUGACACCCUUUGCCUGUGCCAUGACGCACAAGAACAACAAGGCAGCUGAGGCCAUCCUGAAGAGGGAGUCUGGAGCGGCUGAGCAGGUGGACAACAAAGGGCGUAACUUCCUGCAUGUGGCGGUGCAGAACUCAGACAUCGAAAGCGUGCUCUUCCUCAUCAGUGUGCAGGCCAACGUGAACUCGCGAGUGCAGGAUGCUGCCAAGCUCACGCCCCUCCACUUGGCCGUGCAGGCAGGGUCCGAGAUCAUCGUCCGCAACCUGCUCCUGGCUGGGGCCAAAGUGAACGAGCUGACCAAGCACAGGCAGACUGCCCUACACCUGGCUGCCCAGCAGGACCUGCCCACCAUCUGCUCUGUGCUGCUGGAGAACGGUGUGGACUUCACAGCUGUGGAUGAGAAUGGCAACAAUGCCCUUCAUAUCGCCGUGAUGCACGGACGUCUGAAUAACGUGCGAAUCUUGCUCACGGAGUCCACUGUAGAUGCGGAAGCCUUCAACCUCAGGGGUCAGUCACCAAUGCAUGUCCUGGGGCAUUAUGGGAAGGAGAAUGCCGCCGCCAUCUUUGAGCUCUUCCUCGAGCUCGAGUGCAUGCCGGAGUAUCCAUUGGACAAGCCUGACAACGAAGGGAACACCGUGCUUCUGCUGGCAUACAUGAAAGGAAACGCCAACUUGUGCAGGGCCAUCGUGAGGUCCGGUGCCCGCCUAGGAGUCAAUAACAAUCAGGGUGUCAACAUCUUCAACUACCAAGUGGCAACUAAGCAGCUGCUCUUCCGGCUUCUCGACAUGUUGUCUAAGGAGCCACCAUGGUGUGACGGCUCUAACUGUUAUGAAUGCACAGCGAAGUUUGGCGUCACCACAAGGAAACAUCACUGCCGUCAUUGUGGCCGCCUGCUGUGUCACAAGUGUUCCUUGAAGGAGAUCCCCAUCAUCAAAUUCGACUUGAACAAGCCCGUGCGGGUGUGUAACAUCUGCUUCGAUGUACUGACGCUGGGCGGGGUGUCCUAACGCCCCCCUCCCCCUCGCCACCACUGCCACCGCCUUCGUGCCCGGGUCACAGCCGGGGGAAUCCUGGGAGAGGCCCACUGGGAAGCCUGGACAAAUUUCACACCGCUCAUAUGUACCUUUCCUUCACCAUUUUGUUUUCCACUGCCCGGUUUUUCAGUUUUAUAGUUUUCAAGUAGUUUGUUCUGGUGAUUAAAGUGUAGCGUGAACAAAGGAAUGGGUGGAAGUGCAGCAGAGGUUGGGGGGAAUAUCACCGUCACUCGUGAUGUUCAUGAAGAACCGAUUACCGUGGAGAUCAGCGAUGCUUAUUUCUAGUCUGGAACGGAAUGCUAAGUAGUGUUAAUCAGUACAAUUCAAUAAUGUAAGGCUGGGUUCAGCAAUUCAAAAAACUUAAUUGUAAGUAAGAAGGUCUCUUACUGGAGCCCCAAUAUUUAUAAAACUUGAUACUUUAAGUGGCAAUCUUUGGAGGACACUAACGUGGUAGCAAAUGGUCACUUUUACCGAUUAAACGACACUGCGCCUUUCUAGAAUGUUAUGGAUGAAAGCAUCACUAGAAAACUCACAAGCGUCAGGUACGAGAAUGAUCUCUGCUUACCACAAUGAGCUCAUCUGUUUUGUGCAGAGCUACACGUUUUACCCAUUUAAUCAAUAGAUCUGUAGUCCCCCCCGAUAGUAGAAUGGACAGUCUACUGUGGAUGUGUAGCAUAGACUCUGAAGGGGGGAAAUGCCAUCCCUCAUUGGGUAAGCUUCCAAAACAGCAAGAACUACACUUGUGGAAGAGAGAGAGAUUAUGUACCUGGAUGACUGAGAAACACUUGGAGAUCUGUCAUGUUACAAACAACAGAUUUUUUUAAUUAUUAUUUUGAUGGAAUACUAAGAGCUUAAUGCAUAUGCAUGAGCUUCCUUUACAGCACAUUUAAAGAAUCAUUUUCAGAUUACCAAAGGAUACAUUCCAUUUAUUGCAGGAUUUCUUGCUGGACCUUAAUUUCAGUUACUAGUUAAAUUUUUAACUGAAUGCCAUUAACACAUUAUGUAUGAUCUCAUGUUUGCUAUACAGCUACAGGCUUCAUCAGAACUACACCAUGUCUUACUAGUUAAUUUAGAGUUUAGAGAGGAUGUGAUCACAGGCUGUGGUCGGCUCUUUAUUGAUAAAUUGUACAGAUAAAUGUAUAAUAUUUUUGACCACUAUAACUGUUUUGUACUUUAUGCAGUUUGUGCUUUUUGUCAAUGUGACAAAACUUUGCCUCAGUUAACCUUUUAUGCACAUUGUAUCGUAUCUGUACGCUCAGAUAUUUAGCCUGUUUCUUUAUCGCAGGAGAACAACUUUACAUAAAGGUCAUCAAAAAGCA